UCACCGAACGAGCACGAAUAAAGAAGUUGCAAAAAUGAAUUCGUCCAAAUUAGUUCGUGUGUCAAAUUCUCGUCGACCAUUAAAAUUAAUUUCAUCUAAUGGAAGUUUGGAAGAAUUUGAAUUAUCUGUUCGACGGAACUACGAGUUAGAUAACGAUUCAGUCAUCCAGUUUGAAGACGACCAUGGGGCAGCUAUAAAUGCUGAGACGUUUCCAAUCUUGCUGUCGAUUUUUCCCAUUGCCGAUAUUGGAUUUAAAUUAGUCGGCGAAGAAACAGCAGAAAUAGCUAUUGAUUUAUCCAGCCAGCAACUUAUUGCCGACUUUUCAAUCCCAUCAUUCAGCGUUGAUAAUAGUUUCAAACAGGUUCUAGAUUGUGUGAUUCAUCAGAAUAAGCAAAUUUCCGCAAUUGUUGCAGCUUGCAAUUAUAAAGGGUUGGUAGAUGACAAGGCAGCAACGUUUCUGAUAAAAGAAUUUGUUUUCAAGCUUGUUGAGUUAAAAGGCGAAUCUCCAAGUCCAAGCGAUCAAAAACAAUUAGCCGUAGCUCUAAUCGACAUUCUUCCUUGUUGGCGGUACCCAGAGUCAAAAGAAGGACUGGACAUAUUAUAUGACGAUGUUGGUCGUUCUGGAUUAAUUCAAACCAGGCUAAGGAAUAUUCACUUAAAUCUUAAGACCACGAAAUCUGCUCCUAGGGGAAAAAAAACUAAAAGUGUUUCGAAAGGAGGGCCAAGAAGUAAAAAGAUAAUUCAAGACGUGGCCCACUGCGACGAAUUAAUUCUGAGUCUAAACGCCAUCUGUGUUAAGUCUGGAGCUACAGAAGUACGUAAAUUAAUGGAGGAGACAUUUCAACACAGAAAUCAGCUGCGAAAUGAAAACCCACAGUCAAUCCUGUUAGUUUACAAAAAAUUUGAAGAGUGUAAUUUUUUGAUUUCGUUUGAGUUUUCACUUUUGCACGAGGAAUCCCAAUUUAAUUUUACUACGAUUUGGCCACAUUUUGCAAAAAAUCUACUAGACAAAAUUGGACAGAUAAGUCAGACCCCCUCACUUUCCAAGUUUAUUUCCGAGGAGGCUGGUAAUUGGGAUACUGAAUUGGCUGCGUUUCUUGCUCUACUUUAUUUAAUACCUCCAGCAGCCCAGGGAAAAGGAAAGGGAAGCCGCAGCUCAAUUUCAGACGCAAGGAAUUUAAUGGUUUCUUAUUAUAAAACUGGAACGCCACUUCAAUCCAUUGUGGACACUUGGAGUGACGACAAGAAGCAGCCAAAUCUGUUGUGCUUAGGGGACAACAAAAAUCAACUGGCAUCUUUUUUUAUCGUUGUGGACAGAGUUCUCCUCCCCAUCGAUGCUAAAAGUUCUACUGAGGCAAUUGACCUUCUCUUCAAGGCACACUACGUUUUUGCCGCCGAAUACGACAAAAAUCUGCAAGGUCUUUGGAAAUUUCUGCAGGUUUAUGUUUACAAAAUUGACGUCGACAACACAGAUCUCUCUAGGAAAGUGAAAAGUAUUUUUGUUCAGUUGAGUAGUAUUUUUGUUCAGUUGAGUAGUAUUUUUGCCGAACUAAAAUAAUGUUUUCUUGUCCCAAUUGCCAACAACUAUUUUUAGGAGUAAAUGAAUUUAAGCACCACUUGAUAUACAUACAUAAUUAUGGACAUAGCAAAUUUAGUCAAAUAAUCUGUCCCUUUUCUGGUUGUAGUGAACUUUUAAAUACAUGGAGUUGGUUUUUACGCCACAUUAAAGCCCACGAAAGUUCUCCAGGUUCCCCUAUGUUAAAUACAUAUUUAGAGUCCAAUUUAAGCAAUAACUUAGAUUUCAGUAGCUUUAACUCAUAUUCAAAUGAAAGUAAUUCACUGCAUAAUUCAGAAACGUUUGAAAAUAUUACCGUCGACACCGGUAUUAAAAUAGUUUCCGAGAUUUUAGGUAAUUUUUGUUCGUCUAUAUUAGCAAACGGUGUUAAUAAUACAAAGGUAGAUUUUAUUAUUAAUGAGAUGAAAUAUUUAUUUACACAAAUAAUUGAUUUAAUUUCGAAAAUAGGAGUUCAACAAUUUGGUGAACAGUUAUAGAGAUAUUUUCAGCACAAAUACAUUCCUUAAUUUCUGGAUUUGAUAAAGUAAAAUCAGCCUACUUGCGGCAAAAAAUAUAUGAAAAUAGCAAUGAUCUAAUUUUACCUGUAGAAAUAUGUUUAGGAAAAAGAUUCGAAGUUAAAGUUAAAGAUACUAAAAGGCAGCAGGUAUUUGUAGAAGAUACGUUUAUGUACGUACCUCUGUUAAAAACAAUUGAAAAGAUUCUUCAGAUUCCACAAUACUCUUAUUAUUUUAAUUCCAAAUUUAAUAACAGUAACACAAUUAAAACUUUCUCUGACUCAAUAUCUUAUAAGACAAAUCCACUUUUCUCAAGUUACCCUAAGUCAAUUCAGGUUCAAUUGUUUUACGACGAUUUUGAAACCGUUAACCCAUUGGGGUCAAAAAAAGGCGUUCACAAACUUGGAGCAUUAUAUUUUACCUUACGCAAUUUGCCAGACUUUUUAAAUUCACAGCUAUCUCAAAUUCAUUUACUUGCUCUAUUUUAUAGUGAGGACGCCAAAAAAUAUGGUUACCACUCAAUUGUAAAACAUAUUUUACCUGAUUUUAAAAUUUUAGAGUCCGCUGGAAUUGCAAUUGGUGAAACAAGAUUUCGAGGCACGCUCUGUUCAAUUGUUCAUGACAAUUUGGGAGGAAAUUCAUUAUUAGGCUUUACAGAAUCUUUUAAUUCUAAUUAUUUUUGUAGAAUUUGUUUUAUUUCUAAGUCUGAAACCCAGCUUGAAUUUGACCAUGAUAAAAUGCCAUUGCGUAACGUUAAUAAUUACGAUGUGCAUUUAGCUUCAAAUUCUUUCGGUGUUCAAAGUCUAUGUGAGUUUAAUAACCUUAAAUAUUACAAUUUUUUAGACUCACCCACAGCUGACAUAAUGCACGAUCUUUUAGAGGGGGUUGUCCCAUAUGAGAUUAAAUUAGUUUUAAAGAAAUUAAUUAGUUUAGGGUGUUUCAGCCUCGAAACAAUUAACCACCGGAUAGCGGCGUUUGAUUUUGGAUAUCUUGAGUCAAAAAAUAGACCAACACAGAUUAAAUUAGAUGGGACAGGAAAUAGGAUAGGCCAAAAAGCAGCCCAAGCGUGGUGCCUAAUUAGAUUUUUGCCAGUUAUAUUGGGUGACCUACUUACGGAGGCUGAACAUUUAGAAUUUUGGGAACUAUUGCUGCAACUAUUAGAAUGUAUGAGCUAUAUAUUUUCUCGCGAAUUUAGUAAAUCAUCAAUUUUAUCGUUAAAAAUCUUAAUUAUUAAACACCACAAACUUUUUAAAACUUUAUUUCCAGAACAAAAUUUAAUCCCAAAACAGCAUUUUAUGACUCAUUAUCCUUAUAUUAUUGAAAAAUCAGGUCCCCUAAUUUCUCUUUGGACAAUGAGAUUCGAAGGGAAGCAUAAUUAUUUUGCACAAUUAGCGCACAAUAAUAGAAAUUUUACAAAUAUUUGUUUUUCCCUAGCAAGAAGACACCAGCAAUACAGGUUUAUUCAGAAUUAGUGGCAAAGUUAAAGUUUAUCAUAGCUCUGUAUCCCCUAGGCCAAAUUGGGAAAUUCAAAGUGUUUUGUGGAGAGUGGUUCAUGAUAGUGUUUUCACAUUUUUUUCAAAUUUCUAAGUCUAAUUGUGGAUUCACAAAAUGACACCAAAGUGGUCCAUGCCGUGAAAGCCGUUUGCAAAGCUGGAAUGAUUCCUAAAAAAAUUGUAGAAGAGCUUAAAAAUCAAAAAAUUACCGUUUUGCUUAGGUAAGUGUACAGACUAAAGAAUAGAAAAGGAAAAAUAAAUAUUUCGAUAAAUCUGAGGCUUCCACAACCUCCGAACCACUACCCCCAGAAAAUGCGAAAACCGACGCUCACCACAUAAAUAUGUCGUGACGCUGAAAUAUAAUCUUUUUCGGCACAAAAUAAGUUGUAUCUGAAAGCAGGGGUCCCCUACUUUAUAAUAAAAUCAAUCAAUCUUAAAAUAUUAGGUGAUAAGGCAAAAGAAAUUAUACCAGACUAUACUAAAAUGAAGUGUCAUCAUCAACUACGGUAAUCCACUUGGCUUGUACCAAAGUCAUGUAUGGGAAAAGAAAUCUGAUUUAAUUACCAUUAAAUCAGGGACAACUUUUCAUGCUAAUAAAUCAUCUGCAAUUAUGAAUAUCAUAUUUUACGCCUUAAAAUAAAAUAAAGUAUUGUGAGCAUCAAAAAAACUUAAAAGUUUGUCGUCACGAUUUUAAUAGCUGACGAUUUCAUUAGUCACACGGUACACCGAGCAAUUGCAUUUUACUCAAAUGAUAAUAUAAAUGUUCCCUAACAUGUCCAGAAAGAU